AUGAAUGAAGGAAGUCUCAGGUUUGAGAGAGUUGGUUUGGAGAGGGAGGAUGUUUCCACCAUAACCAUCUAUUUUGAUCCUAUCGACUUGUCAGCACUGGCAGAUGCAGCUCCGGUUACCAUCAAGGUACCGGGGCCUAUUCCAUAUGAAAACGGUGAUGUUGUGCCGUGGGAUUAUGGUGGAGAGAAGUGUAAGAUGGCCGGAAGAAACGCUGGGAGGAACGAUGAGGCUCUUACUGCAGCUAUGCAGGCAAUGGCUCAGGCGUUCCAGAACCCACCCAAUGCUGACGAGAACGUGGGGUCUCGUAGUCUGGCGACGUUUCAGAGGGAGAACCCGCCUACUUUUCUGGGUGAAGCCGAUGAUUGGUGGGUGGACACUCGUCUAAGGUUGGAAACUGCGGGCGAGGAGAUUACUUGGGAAGUGUUUCGUAGAGAAUUUCUGAGAAAGUAUUAUCCAGAAGAUGUGCGAGGAAAGAAAGAGAUUGAAUUCCUCGAGUUGAAGCAAGGGAACUUGUCAGUCACGGAGUAUGCUGCUAAGUUCACUGAAUUGGCUAAGUUCUAUCCUCACUAUGAUGGAGCCAAUGCCGAAUUCUCUAAGUGCAUCAAGUUUGAAAAUGGAUUGCGUCCGGAAAUUAAGAAAGUUGUGGGAUAUCAAAAGAUUCGCGUCUUUGCGGAUCUGAUUGAUAGUUGUAGAAUCUUUGAAGAGGACAACAAUGCACACUAUAAGAUCUUGUCUGAGAAGAGAGGAAGGGGCCAACACAGCCGUGGUAAGCCAUAUGAAACUCCGGUUGGAAAAGGGAAACAAAAAGUGAUUCCGGGUCGAAGAACAAGUGGGGGAGAUGCUCCUGCUAAUGUUAUCUCUUUCAAGUGUGGAAAGCCGGGUCACAAGAGUAAUGUGUGUAGGCUUGGUGAAACGAGAUGUUUCUGUUGUGGUAUGCCGGGACAUGCGGCUCGUGAUUGUAAGCAGAAGGAUGUUGUUUGCUUUAACUGUGGGGAAGGAGGACAUAUCAGUGCUAAAUGUCAGAAGCCAAAGAGGGGACAAGAGAGUGGUAAAGUGUUUGCUUUGUCGGGAACUCGGACUACAAAUGAAGAUGGACUUGUUCGAGGUACUUGUUUCAUUAAUAACAUUCCUUUAAUUACUAUUAUUGAUACCGGUGCCACACACUGUUUUGUUGUUGCGGAUUGUGUUGAAAGAUUGGGUCUUUAUUUGUCUUCCUUGGGUAGAGAUAUGAUUGUUGAGGUUCCCGCUAAGGGAACGGUAUCUACGUCUCUUGUGUGUAAGAGUUGCCCCUUGUCAAUAUUUGGUAAAGAUUUUGUAGUUGAUCUUGUUUGUUUGCCGCUUGUCGGGUUAGAUGUAGUAUUGGGUAUGGACUGGUUGAAAUCCAACUAUGUUCAUAUUAAUUGCUACAACAACACUGUGAGGUUUUCUUCUGCCGAAGAAGAGGGAAGAACAUAA